ACCUGCCUUGACUGGUCUUUUCUUUUUUACAGGCCUUAAACUUCCGGAUUUUCAGGAUUCUAUUUUUGAGUACUUCAACACUGCCCCUCUUGCACACGAUCUGACGUUCAGAAGCAGCUCAGCUGGGGAGCAAGAGACCCAGGCUCCGAAGCCAGAGGUGUCCCCAUCGGUUUCUGUGGCCGCAAGCACAGAACAGCAGGAAGACAUGGCUCGGGCCACGCAGAGGCCACCCACUGUGCCACUGCCCACCACGCAGCCCCUCGCUCUGGCCGGACCAAAGCCAAAAGCUCACCAGUUCAGCAUCAAGUCCUUCUCCAGCCCCACACAGUGCAGCCACUGCACGUCCCUGAUGGUGGGGCUGAUCCGGCAGGGCUACGCCUGUGAGGUGUGCUCGUUUGCUUGCCACGUGUCCUGCAAAGAGAGUGCUCCGCAGGUGUGCCCCAUCCCCCCCGAGCAGUCCAAGCGGCCUCUGGGCGUGGACGUGCAGAGAGGCAUAGGAACGGCCUACAAGGGCUACGUCAAGGUCCCGAAGCCCACUGGGGUGAAGAAAGGAUGGCAGCGGGCUUACGCAGUGGUCUGUGACUGCAAGCUCUUUCUCUAUGACCUGCCCGAAGGAAAGUCCACCCAGCCUGGUGUUGUCGCCAGCCAGGUCCUGGACCUCAGAGAUGAGGAGUUCUCGGUGAGCUCAGUCCUGGCCUCAGACGUCAUACAUGCUUCCCGCCGAGAUAUUCCGUGUAUAUUCAGGGUGACAGCCUCUCUCUUAGGGACACCUUCUAAGACCAGCUCACUGCUCAUUCUGACAGAAAAUGAGAACGAAAAGAGGAAGUGGGUUGGGAUUCUAGAAGGACUGCAGUCGAUCCUCCACAAGAACCGCUUGAGGAACCAGGUGGUGCAUGUCCCGCAGGAGGCCUACGACAGCACGCUGCCUCUCAUCAAGGCCGUCCUGAGCGCCGCCGUCGUGGAUGGGGACAGGAUCGUGGUCGGCCUAGAAGAAGGGCUCUACGUCAUAGAGGUGACCCGCGACGUGAUCGUCCGAGUUGCUGACUACAAGAAAGUCUACCAGAUCGAGCUUGCUCCCAAAGACAAAGUGGCCGUCCUCCUCUGCGGCCGGAACCACCAUGUCCAUCUCUGUCCGUGGUCUGCCUUCGAUGGGGCAGAAAGCAACGUCGACAUCAAGCUUCCAGAAACAAAAGGCUGCCAGCUCAUAGCGACCGCAACACUGAACAAGAGCUCCUCCACCUUCCUGUUCGCAGCUGUGAAACGGCUGGUCCUUUGCUAUGAGGUCCAGAGAACUAGGCCUUUCCACAGGAAGGUCAAUGAAAUUGUGGCCCCCGGCACUGUGCAGUGGAUGGCCGCGCUCAAGGACAAGCUCUGUGUUGGCUACCCUUCGGGGUUCUCUCUGCUGAGCCCCCAGGGGGACGGGCAGGCUCUAACCCUGGUAAAUCCCAAUGACCCCUCGCUUACGUUCCUCUCACAGCAGUCUUUUGAUGCCCUUUGUGCUGUGGAGCUCAAAAGCGAGGAGUACCUGCUUUGCUUCAGCCACAUGGGACUGUACGUGGACCCACAAGGUCGGAGGUCACGCAUGCAGGAGCUCAUGUGGCCUGCGGCGCCUGUUGCCUGUAGUUGCAGCCCCUCUCACGUCACGGUGUACAGCGAGUACGGCGUGGACGUGUUUGACGUGCGCACCAUGGAGUGGGUUCAGACCAUCGGCCUGCGGAGGAUAAGACCGCUCAGCUCCGACGGCACCCUCAACCUCCUCAACUGCGAGCCUCCCCGCUUGAUCUACUUCAGGAGCAAGUUCGCGGGAACAGCCCUCAACGUGCCCGACACCUGUGAUAACAGCAAGAAGCAGAUGCUUCGGACCAGGAGCAAGAGGCGCUUCGUCUUCAAGGUGCCGGAGGAGGAGAGGUUGCAGCAGCGGCGAGAGAUGCUUAGAGACCCAGAAUUGAGAUCCAAGAUGAUAUCCAACCCAACCAACUUCAACCACGUGGCCCACAUGGGCCCAGGUGAUGGAAUGCAGGUGCUCAUGGACUUGCCUCUGGUGAGCUCGCGGGGGCGGGACUUGCCUGCCUGUGGUUUUGCCACAGUCUGA